CAAAUAAAUCCUCAAUCAGCCCUUCAGAGAGUUAGUUUAGACUUGGCAAUGACUCUGAAAUGAUUCUGGAUAUGCUUACUUGUAAAAACGACAUGGAGAAAGUCCGUUUAUGUUUGCAGCUCAACCGCAAAGGCAAGAGAAGAAGAUUGAACUUGAUUUUCCGGCCAUGAUUUGGAAACUGCAGCACAGUUGGCUAAACAACCUGCUACUUUUAACACCGUUUUUAGCGUUUUCUUUAACAGUAUGCCGGCGGAGACUGAGAUGAAGCCAAAAAUAGGGAGAGAUUACAGGAGAAAUGUGCAGCAGCGUGCCGUUUUUUGAUAGAAAAGCUUUACCUCGCUUGCUUUUUCUGACAGUUGCAUUUAGAUGUCAACAAGUUCACGAAACUUUCCAUUCAAAUUGCCUUUAAACAUCUGAUUGACAAAAGAAUAUUGCUGUUAACAUAAUAGAAGAGGGGGGGAAAAAAUAAGAUUGAUGCUUCAGUAUGAAAACAUCUGUGGGAAAACUGCCCGGCUCUGUGUCACCUGAACCCACUCUGCGGGUUUAUCUGUUUGGAGAAUGAUGGCAAAUUCUUUACCGGGAAUUUGAAGCGAGGAAAAGAGGAGGCGGUUAUUGUGAUUAGAGGUUUGGGAUGGGACCUGUUUAAAGUGAGUGGGAAAAGAGAAGCUUGUCAGUGCAUUAAAAAGGGAUUUCCUCGGCCUUUCGGAGCAGGGAGAGCGGGUUGAGCGAGGAAAAAAAAAAAGAGUAGAAAGGGUGAGGAGACAGAGCAAGAGGGAGUGCUGUGUAUGUGAGAGAUAGAGAGAGACACGCUGGUUCCAGGAAAAGCUGCAGAAUAAACAGGCUGCAUGCCUGAGACUGCCCCGUGAUGUCACCACUGGGCAAGCUGAGGACGAGGGGAGGAGAAAGAGAGGAGCGAAGGGAGACACCCAUCAGGUUAAGACAAGAGUGGAGGACGGCAGAGGCAGAGAGCAUGAGGAGAAGUCGGACGAGCAGGAAGGGGAGCAUGCUGUCAGUCCCUGUAACAGAUUGAAGAAAGAAGAGCGCAGGAGGAGGAAGAAGAAGAAGAAGGGAGGGGUGGGAAGGAAGCGGAGCAUUGGUGAGGAGGAGAGGACGAAAAGAGGAGCACUGAUGGUGGACAUCAACUCUGCGCUGCCCCUGCGUCUCCCUCCCGCUGCCAUCCCCAUGGACCUGCGCGUGGACCACCACCACCACCAGCAGCAGCAGGUGUCCUCGCUGUCCCCUCCGGGCCAGCAUUCGCCCAGUCCUCUGGGAGGGUCGGGCGGGGGCGGCGGCGGCGUGGUGGCGGCCUCAGUGCGCGAGCAGCAGCUGCAGCAGGAGCUGCUGUCCUUGAAGCAGAAGCAGCAGAUCCAGAGGCAGAUCCUCAUCGCCGAGUUCCAGCGGCAGCACGAGCAGCUGUCCCGCCAGCAUGAGGCCCAGCUCCAGGAGCACAUUAAGCAGCAGCAAGAGCUCCUGGCCUUGAAGCACCAGCAGGAGCUCCUGGAGCACCAGAGGAAGAUGGAGAACCACCGUCUGGAGCAGGAGCUGGAGAAGCAACAAAGGGAGCAGAAGCUGCAGCUGCUGAAGAACAAGGAGCGGGGCCAGGAGAGUGCUGUUGCCAGCACCGAGGUGAAAAUGCGCCUGCAGGAGUUCGUCUUGAACAAAAAGAAGGCGCUGGCCCAGCGGAGCCUCAAUCAAGGAGGUCUCCCCAACGAUGCUCCCUACUGGUACCGAAAAACUCAGCAUAGCUCCUUGGACCAGAGCUCGCCUCCACAAACCGGAGUGUCCACCUACAAUCACCCCGUGCUGGGCGUCUACAACCCCCGGGAUGACUUCCCCCUGCGGAAGACUGCCUCGGAGCCCAACCUGAAGCUGCGCUCCCGGCUGAAGCAGAAAGUCAGCGAGCGCAGAAGCAGCCCGCUGCUCCGCCGCAGAGACAGCCCCAUUACUACGGCCAAGAAACGUUCCCUGGACAUGGCGGACUCUGCAUGUAGCAGCGCCCCCGGCUCCGGCCCCAGCUCCCCGAACAACAGCUCCAACAACAUCCCCAACGAGAACGGCAUCACUGUGUCAGUCGCCAACAACAUGGAGGCGUCUCUGGCCCAGAGGCUGUGCAGCGGUGCUGAGCAAGGCUCCAUCAACCAGCUGUCCCUGUACACUUCCCCGUCCCUACCCAACAUCACUUUAGGGCUGCCCGCCACCGCAACCGCCACCGCUGCUUCGAACGUCACCUCAGCACAGCAGGACGGGGGCCUCCAACCAGCCCUCUCCCUCAGCCCUCCGUUUCUCUCCGGCGGCCACUUGAGCCCCUACCUUGGAGAUGGAGGAUCUGGGGGCCACGGCGCUCACAGCCCCCUGUUGCAGCACAUGGUUCUCAUGGAGCAGAGUCCUGCACAGAGCCCUCUGGUGACAGGCGUAAGCGGCAUAUCUAUGUCGUCAGCAUCCAUGGCCAAGCUGCAGAGGCAGCACCGGCCCCUCGGGAGGACCCAGUCCGCACCACUGCCCCAGGGGACCGCCGCACAAGCCCACGCUCAGGCUCUGGCCCUGCAGCAGCUGGUGGUCCAGCAGCAGCACCAGCAGUUCCUGGAGAAGCACAAGCAGCAGUUCCAGCAGCAGCAGCUCCACCUCAACAAGAUGAUAGGGAAGCCCGGCGAGUCGCCCGUGGGGCGGCAGCACCAGAGCCACCCGGAGGAGACGGAGGAGGAGCUGAGGGAACACCAGGAUGCGGGAGUUCUGCCUCCAGGGGUCACCAUAAAGCAGGAGCCCCCAGACCCGCAGGAGCUGCAGGAGGAGGCGCUGCAGCAGCACCGGGAGCGGGAGAGAGACAGGGAGCGGCAGGUGGAACAGGAACUGCUCUUCCGACAGCAGGCUUUGUUAUUGGAGCAGCAGCGGAUCCACCAGCUGAGGAACUAUCAGGCCUCCAUGGAGGCCGCUGGCUUGUCUAUCUCCUUCCCGGGACACAGGCCCCUUUCCAGAGCCCAAUCUUCUCCGGCCUCCGCUUCAUCCUUCCCUAUCAGCGUCCCUUCACAGGAUCCCCCCGUCAAGCCUCGCUUCACCACAGGCCUGGUGUACGACUCCCUGAUGCAGAAGCACCAGUGUAUGUGUGGAAACACCAACAGCCAUCCAGAGCACGCUGGGCGCAUCCAGAGCAUCUGGUCGCGGCUGCAGGAAACGGGACUCAGAGCUCAGUGUGAGUGUAUCCGUGGGAGGAAGGCCACUUUGGAGGAGCUGCAGACGGUCCACUCUGAAGCCCACGUCCUGCUGUACGGAACCAACCCGCUACGGCAGAAACUCGACUGCUCCAUAACUCCCAUGUUUGUGCGACUGCCGUGCGGAGGAGUCGGGGUGGACAGCGACACCAUUUGGAACGAGGUCCAUUCCUCCAGCGCGGCUCGGCUCGCCGUCGGUUCCGUUGUGGAGCUUGUUUUCAAAGUGGCGACCGGAGAGCUAAAGAAUGGUUUUGCAGUGGUCCGCCCUCCUGGACACCACGCAGAGGAAAGCACUCCCAUGGGCUUCUGUUACUUCAACUCGGUGGCGAUUGCAGCCAAACUCCUGCAGCAGAGACUUAGCGUCAACAAGAUCCUCAUCGUGGACUGGGAUGUUCACCACGGUAACGGCACCCAGCAGGCGUUCUACGACGACCCGAAUGUACUCUACAUCUCCAUCCAUCGCUAUGACGACGGCAACUUUUUCCCAGGAAGUGGUGCACCUGAUGAGGUCGGCAGUGGUCCUGGGGUGGGGUUUAACGUGAACGUGGCCUUUACUGGUGGCCUGGACCCCCCCAUGGGAGACGCAGAGUACCUGGCUGCCUUCAGGUCAGUGGUGAUGCCAAUAGCUGACGAGUUCGCUCCGGACAUCGUGCUCGUCUCCUCUGGCUUCGACGCCGUGGAGGGACACCCCCCACCGCUGGGCGGCUACACCCUGACUUCCAAAUGUUUUGGGCAUCUGACCAGGCAGUUGAUGACCCUCGCUGGAGGCCGGGUCGUGCUGGCGUUGGAGGGAGGACACGACCUCACCGCUAUCUGCGACGCCUCGGAGGCCUGCGUAGCCGCCCUGCUCGGCCAAGAGCUGGAUCCCCUUCCAAAGGCCGUCCUGGAGCAGAGGCCCAACCCCAAUGCUGUGUGCUCUCUGGAGAAAGUUAUAGAGACUCAUAGUAAAUACUGGCGCUCAGUGCAUCGCUACUCAUCGAGGCUGGGCCUUUCUCUACUGGAGGCCAAGCGAGGUGACUCGGAGGAGGCCGAGGCCGUCAGCGCCAUGGCAUCUCUGUCCGUUGCAAACAGCAACGCGAUGGAGCAAAGGACAGAGGAGGAGCCCAUGGAGGAGGAGGCUCCACUGUAACUGAGGCAGGCGUGAGGGUGUCGCAGUGUUGCCAUUGACCUCUCCGGAGAAGAGCCUCAACUGACCCCUUCAUUUAGUCCCCCCAACCUCCACUCACCACGUCAGUCACCUUGAUUGGCGGCCCCUCGGUCUAAAAACGAGGGAGAGGGGACGGGCUUAGCCUCAGAGUAGGGAGCCAAUCAGAAGACAGAGGACUGAACUUGGGGGUGAAAAAAAAAUAACAAAACUUAACGACGUUGCUAAGCAGCAGUCGUUCGGAGACAUUCAUUGUUUUUUUUUUUCUGUCAGUCUUUGCACCUUCGCGUUAGCCCGCAGCAGCUGAGUGUGCGAACACAGCAGCCGGCAGGUCUGUAUGCAGCCGGGAAAGGGUGGAAUCUGGUCACAGAAAGGAAGAUGCGCUGAAAUAACCGGUGCUUGACGCUAAAGCCCCCUCUGACCGCAUUCAGUGGAGACACCAGGGACAGUGGACAUUCCCUGCUGCCCUAAAGCAGCUUGGGUACCUUUUCUCUUCUCUUAACUUCAGUUCCCUCUAAACGGGGAACGCCGCGGCAUCCGGGUGGAUUCUUUUUUUUAUUUUUAAACGUGCCGCGCUCACUGUGGAUUCCUGUGAUGCCGUAGUUCAAGGAGGCUUUCGCAAAGAUUUCAACGGCUAAGACUGGCGCCACGCUGGAGAGGCCUGCAGUCGAAAGCUGAUGAGUAAGAGGAGUGCCUUGGAGAGGGUCCGCCUGUUUUCAGGAUUGUUCAGGAAAAAGGUUGCCUUAACUUUAACCAUUUUUCUCACAGAGGAAUUGGAGGAAGCAGACGGGGGAAGAAGGGGAAUGACAAAAAAAUCUAACAAUCUUUCAGCAUGUUUACUUAGAAAGUAAUGGAGACAGCGUUUAUGUCUCUCAUGGCUUCUCUUGAAGAGUUACUUUACUUUUUGAUGGAUCUAUUUUUCUGUACAAAAGUUUUUAAAAAAAAAGAUAGAGAAAGAUCGGUUUGUAAAAGGUAGUUGCCAGCUUCUUUAGACAAAAGGUGCAAACACUGAGAAAGGAAUCAGAUCGCCAACUCUCAAAACAGUUUAGCCUUUGAUGUAGCCUCCCUUUAAGACUCAUCGCUUUUUGCAGAUAAAUCGCAGAGCAUGCAUCUAAGCAGAUUUAACGAAUGUUGUCCAAAAGAGAAAGCAGAGCAAAAAAAAAAAAACCAAAGCAUGAGUUUGCAUUUUUACAGUUUCACUCCUCUCGGCUGGAGGGGGGUGAGUCAACAAACACUUGAUAUAUUUGGCCUUUAACCCUCUAUGGUAUGCAUUAUAAGGCCAGUAAGGAAAAAACUCUGCAGCUUUUUUGUCUCCAAAUAGACAAUAAACCAUUUAAGGAUAUGUGACAAGUUCUUUUAAAUCUCUUUUUAAGGAUUUCUUAACCACAUUGCCUCACAGUGGGACAGCCCAUCACGGUAAUUUGUGAAAACCAAUCAUAAUUUAGUUUAUUUAAGACAAUUUUAUUUAUUAGAGCUUUCAACCAUUACAAAGCAGAAUGGGACCCCGGAUAAAAUAAAUGUCAGAACAUUUUAACCCUCUCAGGCUCAAAUUAAGUUGUUGUUGCAGGAAAAAUCUGAUAUUUGGAGAAAAUGAUCAUAUGGGGUAGUAAUAUACAAUUCAGAUUUUUUUUUUUUUUGAGAGAGACCUUCACAUGCAAUGAAUUCUGGGAUGUUGCAGAUUUGCAACAUUGGCCCGGAGUGGUAAAUUAACACUGAAGACUGAAUCUGAUAUGAACGUUAACUUUAUUUGAAUGUCACAAACAAAAAAUCAACAAAACAAAAUUCGAAAAAAAAACUUUUUUCUCAAACUUUUUUUCCACCGACAUCUCAAAACCUCUUGAGAAGGCCGUUUCUGUUAAACUGUUGCUCAAAAUAUAGGCAAACUAAUAGAUAAAGCAUGUAGCAUCAAUUGGUACCUGUCUGGGCACACGUUGCGAAUUUACAACAUUGAAAUCGAGGUGCCUCUGGUGAAAAGCCCAGAGGAGAUAAAAUCUACUAAUUGGCAUGUGUCAUAUCUAUACACAUUCAUGAUUCAUCUUAUGUAGUAUUGAUUUCAAAAUAAUGGACAUUGGUAGUGAUACUUACAUGAAAUUAGUGCUUAGAAAAUCUGUUUCAGUGACACCAAGAACUCAGCCAUGUUGAAAGUGAGUUAGCAGUGCUAUCUGGUGAGCUGGAGAGAAACUGUUUGUUGCAAAUGCACAACUAAGUCCUUCUGUUGUACUUGUGAGUAACAAAAGCUCUUAAAAUAUGGAUGUGGAGUAAUUAGCUAAGUGGCAUUUAGCUGUUGCAAAUCUGCAACAUCUGCCUGGAGAGGGUUAAAAGGCUGUUUAUUACUACACGAAAACAUGUAUCUUAGUCUCCUUUAUUGAUUUGAAACGGACAAAGCUAUGGACAACUCAUAGAUAAAGCUCCUGCUCCACCCCUUCUUAUGCCGCCCUGAGCAACCGCCUAUUUCAAAAGCCGCCACAGAGUUUUGGCGUUCUGAUCGGCCAAAAUGGUAUCAUAGAGGGUAAAAAAAAAUACCCAGUUUGUUUACUGAUUUAAUCCCCCUCAGAUCAGGUUAGCAUUUCUUUACACAUGCUAAUCGAACGGUUGGCAACUACCUUAGUGCGAGCUUCACAUCAGUCUUGUAUAUUUAAUUGAAUAUAUUUUGACAGUAAUCCAAGUAUUGUCAGUUUGAAUCUACGUGUAUGAGUUCCCACGUCGGGUCGUUCAUUUACGGUAUCAAACGUGUUUGGUUGAGCGUGUCCAGUUUUUAUUUUGUAUCGUACAAGAUUAUUUUUCUAACGUUCCGUUUUUCAUUCAUAGAUUUGGUUCUGUGUUUUGUUUUUUUUUAUCCAUUUUUUUCUGGAUAGAUAUAGGGCUGCAUUCAUGUACUUUUCUAGUGCUGUUGUCGUUUAUUCUUUCUUGUAUUUAUGGAAAAACAAGGAGCAACACUUUCUUUCUUUCUUUCUUUCUACGGCUCCCGAAGCCUUUUCAGCAUUUUCAUCAACUAUGUAUUUAUAACAUGUACUGUUUAUAGGAGAUUUGUAUAUGGAAACUUUAUAAAUGUACUCUUACCUAAUGACAGCUAUGAUAUUGUGAGCAAAAAACAAGUACGGUGUAUAAACAGCGUAUUUAACUCGUCAUUGACUGCACUGUUUUUCAAGCGGCCCUCCACCGUAUCGCUGCAUAACAACUGCAGUGGAAUUCAUCACUUUGUUGCCUGAUUGGUUCAUCCUCCUCCUGCGCACGGACGACCUUCGUUUUAACUUUCGACUGUGAUCAUGUUGUCCGUGAAGAGGUUUCGAGGCCGUUUUUACGUAGCUGGCUGAGCUACCUGCAGCGAAAAGCGGCCGUGAAGGACAAACCAACUUACUACAGUUUAAGCCAGAUGUUUACAUACACUGGAUAAAAGGACUAAGCAUCAAUUUUUUCACUCUGACAUUCAUUCAGACAUUUUUUUUUUCCUCUUUCAGUCAAAUUAGGCGGACUAACAUUUUUUUUAUUUGCUAAAUGCCAGAAUUGUAGAUUUAUUUUUAAGAAUUCAAAAUACCAAUAUGUAAAGGGUUUGAGUUGGAUGAAACAUUCUGAUUUUCCUCCUCCGGCUUUGGUUUUUUUCCUCAAUCCUCCCAUUAAAAUGGGUGUAAAGGGGUCAGGUUUGUGACCGGAACUGAGUUAAGGGGCCUUGAGGUCACCUCUUUGUUACACUAACUUUAUUUUCCACCAUAAUUUGGGUCCUUAUCAAUUUAGAAAUCCUAUUUUCUUUAAGCUUUGGCUCCUGUUUUAUCAUAACACUAGAGUCCCACCCCCAUGCUUUACAGUUGGUUCAGCUUUGUUAAGCAUCCAGUCUCCCCAUUUUCAUCAGAUCACAAGACUAGUUUAAGUUUCUAGUCUUAAGAAUUUAGUCUUAAGAAUCUAAAUUUUUAUUUUCAGUAUUUUCUAUUUUUUCUUUAUUAUUUCUAUUUGGGCAUUAAAAAAUAUAAAUAUGAUUAAAUGCAGUUACUGCGAGAUGUUUGGUGAUAUAAAUCAUAAUUCGUUAUGUAACAUUUGUCCUGAAGAAGCUAAAUUUAAAUGUUUAUAUUCUUCAAGAGUAUUACUCUUGAUUGUGGGGCAAUGAUGGCACAGCCAUAUAGCUACCUUAGAAAGACUGCGAAGAGGUAAUGUUUUUCUUAAUUUCUAAUCAUCACUUUUAUUGCCGUUACUUUAUUAUCAACCAAGAUCGUUGGUUAAGAUUUGAAGAACAUAUAUCACCCAGCGCUACGAAAAAACAUGUCUCCAAAGUUAGGCUCCUUUGUCUCUCAGCCCAUUUGAAAACUCUUCUAAAAACCUUUUCAUGUUGCUUCAGAAGUAUUGGCUUCUUCCUUGCAGAGCGGCCUUUCAGGAAAUGUCUUAUUUUACCUUAUAAUAGUCCCCAAAGGUCAUCCAUCCAAGCAGUUUUUUUGAGGCUUGUCGUCAAAUACAUACAGUUGUACCUCCAUUUAGCUCUAUGUUAUAAUUUAACCUAUCAGAAGUUUGUAUAUCUAUGGACUCCGCUUUAAAGUAAUCUUUUUUUUUUUUUUUGUGUUGGGGUAUGCAAAAGUCUUAAAGAAAGUAAAACAAAAAUAUAUAUUUUUUUUGGCAUUUAGCAAAUAAAAUACAUUUCUUAUUCUGUCUAGUUUAUGCAAAACUGGUUUCAACUGUACAUUAAAGACGCCCAUCAUAUUUAAGUUGAUAUCAUUUUAUAAACCUGUAAGAUCUGAAAUUGAGUUAUAUUUUUGAACCUGAAAAAAACAAACAUUCCACUUAUUUUUUAUUUGGCUUCUCAAUGUAGAAACAUGUUGGUUUCUUUAUUCUUUUUCUUUUGUUUUUGCUGUUUGCUCGCACCAACUUUAACUCUUUGCAUGGUUUGUGAGUCAGCAUGCCUGCUUGUCUAUGUAAUGGAGAAAAAAAAAAGAAAAUUGUAUUUGCACAACAGAAGAAGAACGAACACUGGAGGACUUUCAAAUGAAACCUCCCAGGAGUAGGCCGGGGAGGCUUUCUUAAACCUCCGCUGGUCAAAUGAUUUACAAAGACUUUGACGCUGAGAAAUUUGAUAUUUUUAACACAAUUCAGCACUUACGAACUGCGUUUUCUGGAGACGUGCUCUGCCAAACUUCUUCAAUUUCACACCUUCAAGAAAGGACUCCCAAAGAAUGUUCCUGUUUUCAAGUUUUUCUUUUUUUCCCCCUCCACAAAUGAGAGAUAUUGUUUGGAAAGCAGUUUGAGAAAACAAAGGGCAUCGUCAUUUGAUUGUCACACCCACCUCGGCCAGUUCUUUAUAUAGACAUAUAUAUAUAAACCACUGUGGCUCAAGAGUAAAUCUUGGUUUACAUGUAAAUUGAUGGAAAGAAAUGUUAUUUUUUGUUUGUCUCUAUUGAUGAAAAAUUUUCUCUUUCUUUGGGACCUACGCUUUAGACAUUUCAUCUCUGACAUCAUCUAUAGAAUAUAUUUCUGAAAAUUA